GCGUAGGCGGGAGUUCCGGGCUGGCAGGCGGGCGGGCGGGCGGCGGUGUCGGCCGGGCCCCCUCUCCCGCUGCAAGCCCCACCUUUCGGCUUUCCCGCACCGUCAAUCAAAAUAGGAAAAAAAACCCCGGAGUAAGGCUCGGGCCGCCGCCGCCGCUUCAGCCCGUGAGCACAAUAAGCAUGUCCCCGGCGGCGGCCGCCUAGCCCCAGCCGGCGGGGCCUGCGUGCGAGCCAGCCAGCCCGCCCGCCUCCCUCCCGCGCAGCCCGCCAGCCAGCCAGCCGGCCGCUCGCACCCGCACCAUGACCGCUCCCGAGAAGCCCGUGAAACAAGAGGAAAUGGCUGCCUUGGACGUGGACAGCAGCAGCCACGGCGAGUAUCUCCAGCACGGCAACGGCGCCGCCUCGGCCUCCGCCGGCGCGGCCGCCCCCCAGGACGCUCAGCCGUCACCGCUCGCUCUGCUGGCGGCCACCUGCAGCAAGAUCGGCCCGCCGUCGCCGGAGGAGGAUGAGGCCGCCGCCGCCGCCUCUCACUCUGCCGGAGCGACAGGGGAUUUGGCUUCUGUGCAAUUAGCAGGAACCCCAAAUAGAUGGGAGGUCUUGUCUGCAGCUCCUGCCACUAUAAAGGAUGAAGCUGGUAAUAUAGUACAGAUUCCAGGUGCUGCCACAGUAACUUCAAGUGGGCAGUAUGUCCUUCCUAUUCAGAGUUUGCAAAAUCAACAAAUCUUUUCUGUUGCACCAGGAUCAGAUUCGUCGAAUGGUACAGUGUCUAACGUACAAUACCAAGUAAUACCCCAGAUCCAGACAGCGGAUGGUCAGCAAGUUCAACUUGGCUUUGCAGCCUCUUCUGAUAAUAGCAGUAUAAAUCAAGAAACCGGUCAAAUUCAGAUCAUUCCUGGCUCUAAUCAAACCAUCAUUGCCUCUGGAACACCUUCAACUAAUAUUCAGAAUAUCUUAUCACAGUCUGGUCAAGUCCAGGUUCAGGGAGUUGCAAUUGGUGGUUCGUCUUUUCCUGGCCAAGCACAAGUAGUUGCUAACGUCCCUCUUGGACUGCCAGGAAAUAUUACUUUUGUACCCAUCAAUAGUGUUGAUCUAGAUUCUCUGGGACUCGGCAGUGGUUCUCAAACCAUGACAGCAGGCAUUAAUGCAGAUGGGCACUUGAUAAAUACUGGACAGGCCAUGGAUAGUUCAGAUACUUCUGAAAGGACUGGUGAGCAAGUUUCUCCCGAAAUUACAGAAACUGCCACUGAUAACGACUUGUUUGUGCCAACAUCAUCUUCAUCACAAUUGCCCGUUACCAUAGACAGUUCAAGUAUAUUGGAACAAAAUGCAAACAACUUGACCACAACCAGUGGUCAGGUUCACAGUUCUGAUCUUCAGGGAAAUUACAUUCAGACAUCAGUCUCUGAUGAUACACAGGCUCAGAAUAUUCAGGUCUCCACAGCACAGCCAAUUGUACAACACAUACAGCUUCAAGAGUCUCAGCAGCCAACCAGUCAAGCCCAGAUUGUACAAGGUAUUGCGCAACAGACAAUCCACGGUGUGCAAGCAAGUCAAAGCAUAUCUCAACAGGCUCUUCAGAACCUUCAACUGCAGCUGAACCCCGGAACUUUUUUAAUUCAGGCACAAACAGUGACCCCUUCUGGGCAGAUAACCUGGCAGACAUUUCAAGUGCAAGGAGUUCAGAAUUUGCAGAACUUGCAAAUUCAGAAUGCACCUGGUCAACAAAUAACUCUAACCCCUGUGCAGACUCUCACUCUUGGUCAAGUUGCAGCAGGUGGGGCAUUGACGUCAACUCCAGUUAGUCUAAGCACUGCUCAAUUGCCAAAUCUACAGACAGUUACAGUAAACUCUAUAGAUUCUGCUGGUAUUCAGCUGCAUCAAGGAGAAAAUGCUGGCAGUCCUGCAGAUAUUAGGAUUAAAGAAGAGGAACCUGAUCCAGAAGAGUGGCAGCUCAGUGGUGAUUCUACACUGAAUACCAAUGAUCUAACACAUUUGAGAGUACAGGUGGUAGAUGAGGAAGGGGACCAACCACAUCAAGAAGGAAAAAGACUGCGACGAGUUGCUUGUACAUGUCCCAACUGCAAAGAAGGUGGUGGAAGAGGCUCCAACUUGGGAAAAAAGAAGCAACACAUUUGUCACAUACCAGGAUGUGGCAAAGUAUAUGGGAAGACUUCGCAUUUGAGAGCUCAUCUCCGCUGGCACUCUGGAGAGCGUCCAUUUGUUUGUACUUGGAUGUUCUGUGGCAAAAGGUUCACUCGCAGCGACGAGCUUCAGCGACACCGAAGAACACACACAGGUGAGAAGAAAUUUGUCUGUCCAGAAUGUUCAAAACGCUUUAUGAGAAGUGACCACCUUGCCAAACACAUUAAAACACAUCAGAAUAAAAAAGGUAUUCACUCCAGCAGUACAGUGCUGGCAUCAGUAGAAGCAACGCCUGAUGAUACUUUGAUUACUGCAGGAGGAACAACACUUAUCCUUGCAAAUAUUCAACAAGGUUCUGUUUCAGGAAUAGGAACUGUUAAUACAUCUGGCACCAGCAAUCAAGAUAUUCUUACCAACACUGAAAUACCUUUACAGCUUGUCACAGUUUCGGGAAACGAGACAAUGGAGUAAAUAUUACACAAGAUACCUAUUAAUUGUGGUUAUUUUUAUACAGUAGUGAGAAGAAUAUUGUUCCUAAGUUCUUAGAUAUCUUUUUAUUGAUGUGCAAAAAUUUUUGGAUUGACAGUAACUUGGUUAUACAUGACACUGAAAUGCCUUACUUUGUAUGAUAUUCCAUAGUAUAUUAAAAUGGUAAAAUUGCAUGGGUUUUGUAGGUACUUUUGGAAUCUAGAAGAGAUGAAAUUUUACCAAGUUAUAUUAAAAAAAAAAAAAAAGAAUUUAACGAUGGAAAUGGUAGUCUAACCAAAUGCAUCAAUCCUGUGUGGUUUAGUGUAAAAAAAAAUGAGAACAUGUUGGUAUUUAUCUAUUGUAAGAUAAAAGAAGUUGAUGGGUGAAAAGAAAUCAUGUUAUGAUAAAAGAAAUUUUGUAAUUUUCUUGAUGACUGGAAUUUUUAUUAUGCAUAACUGACAAAUCAAGUUUCCAAGCAAAUGUUACAUAGUGUAGGCUUUACUUAGCUCAUCAACUUGUCAUUUUGAAGCUAAUUAUUUUAAUUAGGUUAACUAUGUACAAUAUUUUAAGCAUUACUCUUGUAAGAUUUUGAAAACUACAUUUUAACAUGGAACUCUAGGGAUAGUCACCUUUUAAAUCCUAUUGAAAAGCCAUGUUUAAGAUUUAAUUUGCCAAAAUGAUGUCUUGUUAAUAUUCUUUCAAUAACCAAGGUGGGCAAUAUAACCAAUGUUUAAAAAACUUAAAAUGUUAAAAAAAAAAAAAUAAAAAAAAUAAAUAUGUAUAGGUUGAGGCAUUUGGGUGGUAAGGCAAAUGUUAUAGUGAAGUAUAUCCCUUCUCUUGAACAUUGGAGGACCAAAAAUAAGGUGUAUUGCGUCGCAGCAGUGAUUUUUAUCAAAUCUUUUUCCAAAAACAUCUGUCUGCCAGGGCCUUAAAAGCCAUCAUGUAAAUUACCAGUAAAAUAUAACAUAUGCAAAUACAACAGAAAAAUCACUUCCAUAUUGACAGUACUCCCAAACAUAUGGAUAUAGUCAUAGUGAACUAGGGGUUUUAUGAGGUUUUUAUUUGUUUGUUGUUUAGUUUUUGGUUAGUCAAUCUGCAUUUAAAUAUCAGCCAUCUUUCCUUUUUUGCUUCUUCCCUUAAAAAUUGUAUGUAUCCAGUACAUUUAACUGAUAAACAUAUAUGUUUUUUAUUAUGCUGAAUUUUCUUUUUAUUUUUUAAUUACUGUUUAUAUUUUCAAUUAUAGAAAAAAUGUACAAAAUGAAGUUAUAUAGCCAGUCUGUAAGUGCUAUACCAUUUUCCAAAAAUGUACAACAAUAAUUACUGCAGUUCACCUAUUUACAAACAUUUGGAAAUCUGUUCAUUUGUUAUUCUUAAAACCACCUCAAAUUUAAAGGCUACCUUAUUGUACGUUUAAAGUGUAUUAUAACAGUGUGGUAGUUAAUAAAACACUAUUUUUUUUU